AUGUCUAACGAGACCCUCCGUCUGGGCAGCACUGCCCCCAACUUCAAGGCUGAGACCACCCAGGGUCCUAUCGACUUCCACGAGUUCAUCGGUGACAACUGGGUCAUCCUCUUCUCCCACCCUGAGGACUACACACCCGUCUGCACCACCGAGCUCGGUGCUUUCGCCAAGCUCGAGCCUGAGUUCACCAAGCGCGGCGCAAAGCUCAUUGGUCUCUCCGCAAACACCAUCGACAGCCAUGAGGGUUGGAUCAAGGACAUUGAUGAGAUCUCCGGCUCCCAGCUGAAGUUCCCCAUCAUUGGCGACAAGGAGCGCAAAGUCGCUCUUGCAUACGACAUGAUCGACCACCAGGAUGCUACCAACGUUGACUCCAAGGGUGUCGCGUUCACUAUCCGCUCCGUCUUCAUCAUCGACCCCAAGAAGACGAUCCGUUUGAUCCUCUCUUACCCCGCCUCCACUGGCCGCAACACCGCUGAGGUUCUCCGUGUCCUCGACUCCCUGCAGACCGGCGACAAGCACCGCAUCACCACUCCCAUUAACUGGGUACCUGGUGACGACGUCAUUGUUCACCCUGGUGUCAAGAACGAGGAGGCCAAGACGCUCUUCCCUGAUUUCCGAAUUGUCAAGCCCUACCUGCGAUUCACUCCUCUCCCCAAGGAGAAGACCACUGCCGCAUAA